CAUUGGUAGGAGUCCUAGAGAUGGACUGAGUUACUUCUGAGGACUCUUCCUUCCCUUCAGACACUGAUUCUCAGUGUUAGAUGUUCACUCAAGAACACCGUUCUCCUUUAAGAAGCUUCUUAUUUGAAGACUGGGGGAUGUAAAAAGGUUGCCACCCCUAUGCAUAUUACGUGCUUGUUCAGUAGAUAGGGAACAUAUUACAAGCUGACUCCUCGUAGCUUCAAUUUACCAAGGGUAUCCUGUAUGUGGGGCAGUGUGUUAAGUGCUGUGCAGGAGCUAAUCUUACAGUGACCCUGUAAGGUCAGUAUUCACAGUGGCAUGGAUGAGGGUGAGAGAGGUUAGUUUAUGUGAGAUCUUGCAGUAAGGUGAGGGCAAAUAGGAGCUAAGAUGCAAACCUGGGUUGACUCUAAAGCUUGUGUUCAUAACUACAGGAGAAUAAGCUGUAUUCUGUUUAGGAACAGACCUCUGUUCCUAAAUACAGCCAUAGAGGGGUUGAGAGGUGGUGUUAGAAGACAACCAGGAUCUCCUCCAAUUCUGAGUGUUGAGGGUUAAAUAGUAUUCUUUCUUUCACUUGCACCAGUCCCCCUGCCCAGACGCUAUGCUGUAAAGCUGGGUCAGCAUGCAUUUUCUGUAGGGGGCCAGGUAAUAUUUUAGGUUUUGUAGCCCACACCUAACUCUACCAUUGCAUCCAUAGACAGUUUGUAAAUAGUGAGCUUGGCUGUGUUCCAGUAUAGUUUUAUUUACAGAAAUAACCUGUUUUGGCCUGCAUGUACCUUGCACAUCCCUGCUCCAAAGCCACUUUCCGGUAUACACACCAGUGGUCCUUCUUGGUCUCCUUAGGGCUUUGGCCAGUUGUUCAUAUGUUUCUGUUUGUAAUUAAUAGGCCAAGUCCAGUGGGAUGGCCCAUGUUUCCCAUUGUGAAAGGCCUCUGAAGAAGUGCUUUCUCCUAGCCUGCUUGUGGGACCAUGAGUCACCCACCCGUGCCCCCUUGGCUCCCCCUGGCAGUUGCUGCAGAGGAAGAUGCAUGCACAGGGAGGCCUGUUUGGGUUGGUGACGUGGCUGCACCAGGGAGCCCUGGCAACAGUUAAAAAGUGCACAGUGGGUCUUUCCUUUCUGCUUGGGUUCUCAAAUAUAUUGUUUCAAAAUAAAGCAGAUUAGAGAUAGAUUUGUAUGAUGGUCCCUUUUUAUGUUACAAAUGAAUUUUUAUACAUUUUUUUAAAAUGGGGAUCACAUGUGUGAAUGUGGAAACAGCCCGAUGGUAUCUGUAUCAAACCAGUAAUAAGAACUGUCUCUUCCAGGGAGGUAGGUGGGAGGAGCCUGGGAUCGGAUCAGAGCUGGUGACGUUAGUCUAAACUCUCAUGUUUCAGUUUUUUACAAGAACGUACUUGUGUAAUUAAAAUUUAAGAAUAAUAAGUAAGAUAUGAGCUCCAGGCUUUUGCUCCCUCCACCAGCCUUCCAAGAGCCAGCCGCAUAAACAUAACGGCUGCAUUAAUGUGGCCGGCUUGCUUGGAAGACUCCUCCAUCCCCCCAGGCCUCCUGGACUGCUGAUCCUGCACCCAGUCCUCUGCCUGCCUUUCUCCAUCAGGAUACUCGCCCCAGAGUGGAAGGAGGAGGAACAUGUGGAUGACUCUGAAGGCCUCUAGGCCAGGGUCUUUCUGUGUGCCUUGCUGCUGGUCAGUUAUGUGGCUGAGUCACUUUCCUUCAAGAUUAUUGUAAUCUGCUCAACCUUGUGUUCCAGUUGAGGAAAGUGCCGAUGACCUGGUCAGGCUUAGACAGGACCCAGGACAGCUGCAAGGCCGAGGAGGGGGUUUGUGGUAAACAGGAGGAAUUUUGUUGUCAGAAACUAAAAGGAGGUUGUCGUAAUUGACUUUAAGCAGCAAACAGUAAAACACUGAGCUCUUCAGCUCCACCUUUCUUGCGCUGAGAAUUGGAAAACCAAGAAGGUUUUGAUGUUUUGUGUGGCGCCACCUGAAUCAGAAGCCAAGAUGAACAUAACCAAAGGGGGUCUGGUGUUGUUUUCAGCAAAUUCGAAUUCAUCGUGUAUGGAGCUUUCAAAGAAGAUCGCUGAGCGGCUGGGGGUGGAGAUGGGCAAGGUGCAGGUUUAUCAGGAGCCUGACCGAGAAACAAGAGUACAAAUUCAAGAAUCUGUGAGGGGAAAAGAUGUUUUCAUCAUUCAGACUGUUUCAAAGGACGUGAAUACCACCAUCAUGGAGCUCCUGAUCAUGGUGUAUGCCUGUAAGACCUCCUGUGCCAAGAGCAUCAUCGGCGUGGUCCCCUACUUCCCCUACAGCAAGCAGUGCAAGAUGAGAAAGAGGGGCUCCAUCGUUUCCAAGCUGCUAGCCUCCAUGAUGUGCAAAGCUGGUCUGACUCACCUCAUUACUAUGGAUUUACACCAGAAGGAAAUCCAGGGCUUCUUCAAUAUUCCUGUUGACAACUUGAGAGCAUCUCCCUUCCUCUUACAGUACAUUCAGGAGGAGAUCCCAGACUACAGGAACGCAGUCAUCGUGGCCAAGUCUCCGGCCUCAGCCAAGAGGGCCCAGUCUUUCGCCGAGCGCCUGCGACUGGGCAUUGCGGUGAUUCAUGGGGAAGCACAGGACGCAGAGUCCGACCUGGUGGACGGGCGGCACUCCCCGCCCAUGGUCAGGAGCGCAGCCGCCAUCCACCCCAGCCUGGAGAUCCCCAUGCUGAUUCCUAAAGAAAAGCCCCCAAUCACAGUUGUUGGUGACGUGGGAGGAAGGAUCGCCAUCAUCGUGGAUGACAUCAUCGACGAUGUAGACAGCUUCCUGGCCGCCGCGGAGACCCUAAAGGAGAGGGGUGCAUAUAAGAUCUUCGUGAUGGCGACCCACGGCCUGCUGUCCUCUGACGCCCCCCGACUGAUCGAGGAGUCUGCCAUCGAUGAGGUGGUGGUUACCAAUACAAUUCCACAUGAAAUCCAGAAGCUCCAGUGCCCCAAAAUCAAAACUGUGGAUAUCAGCAUGACCCUCUCGGAAGCCAUCCGUCGGAUUCACAAUGGGGAGUCCAUGUCCUACCUUUUCAGAAACAUAGGUUUAGAUGACUGAACACUGUCCUCUUAAAAACUCCCAAGGGCCACACUGGAGUCAUGAGCGUCCGUACUCUGAGGCGCAUGCCCAGCUGGAUGCAUUUCACGGGGGCCAGCUGUGUCUUGUUCCUUCCUUUUGUUAAUUUCUAUGAAGACAGACCCACUUUUUAUGUCCAUUUGGGUGUUUGUGAGUUUGAGGGGCAAUUUUUAUAAAAGAAAAACUAUAUUCUCCUCAUAAAUAGAAUAAAUUAAGACCUGGUUGUAUUCAGUUUAACCAUUUAAAAAAUAACUUGAAAAAAAACUUUUAAGCUCACAAACGGCCUUUAUCGAAAGUUGCUGCAGCCCAAGUGCUUUUAAAAAGUUAGUAAAAUAAAAUGAUCUGCUGUAUGAUACUGCAGUUAAAAAGCCAAAAAGAUUAUGCUGUUAAAUCCAGUAAAUUACAUUUUUAGAAACGCUUUUAUAGACAAGCAUAUGGAAUAUGUGACGGUUAUUUAUUUUCUGCAACAAAAGAAGGAAUAAAAACAUACUGUGUGUGUGUGUGUGUGUGUUUUUUUUAAUUUUGUGUUUUGGCAAUGGUUUUGUAACUAAAAUAAAGUGGAAGCUGAAUAUCCA